AUGCAGCGAACCGAUAAAAAACCAAAUGCAACCCACUUGCUCAUCGAGUUAACCAAGUUGAAAACUCAGCAGAAAUAUUUGGAAGCAACCCAAGCAUCUUUGAAGCCCGUUAGUCAUACUCCGUCUGAGGCGAGUGAAUUGAACGAUUUGGAAUAUUUGAAAAUCGAACAAGAUUUGAAUACAUCAGCACUCACCGACAAACUAAAACAUGAUGCAUUCCGUUUGCAUGAUAUGGUGAACGAUUUUCGCUGUGAAAUGCUGAAUGUGGCCAGUUUAUGUAAGUUUAAUACGAAGCAAUAUCGUGAACGUAUCGAAGUCAUUGAUCAGCAACAGCGUGAACUUGAUGCCAAAAAUUUGGACCAAUUGAAACAACUCAAAAUGGAAUAUUGCAACAUUGAAAGCGAACUCUUGCCGUUGAUGAGCAAUUUGGAUUUAUUGGAAAAAAUGCCAACAAUAAAAAAUAAAAUCAGUACAUUGAACAUGCGACGAGUCCAAUCGGCACCAAUCGAUAAAACCGAUUCGGACGAUGUACGGCGAUUUGAUAGAUAUUUGAAAGAGCACAACGGUCACACUGGCGGCUGGAUUCAAGAAGAACAUUUGCUAUUCGUCAAACUCAAAAAUAAACAUAACAAUAGCAUCGAACAAAUAUGUGCGGCAUUUCAGGCAUUUCUUGUGGACAAAAAUGAAAAGGAAAUACGCACACAUAACGAAUGGUAUGAAAAAUAUUUGGAAUUGAAAAUGAAAAAACGACAAGCGGUCCAGAAUUGGAAACGUAGUCGAACGCCACUUAGGACAAUGCUACAAACCGCUUAA